GGAAGAGAAGGGGAAGGGGGAUGGCAGCAGGACCACAUUGGCCAUUCUGCCCACUACAUGUUUAAUUCGUUUGCAAGAAGCUGCAGCCCUCAUUAGACUCAGUGCUGUCUGGGACAUUUAACAAUCCCUGAGUGAUGGCAGGAGAAGCAAAUUGCAUGCAGCUGCUCCAGCAGGGAUGAUAGGAGCCCCUGUGCCAAGCUGAAAUAGUUUCCCUCUUUGUGUGUAGUCUGGCACAUGGGGUGGGGUGCCCGCUGAGAUAAAAGCCGGGGAGGGAUGUGGAGGUACAGGAUAUAAUUAUACACCGAGGAGGUUAGAGAAGACAGCCAAGCCCUUAAUGUUAUGCCAAGGAGGUGAAUACCUGCUGCUGCUGUAUGAUGUGCCAGUGACAACAAGGGAGUAGAGGGGUUGUCGGAGAUCCCAGAGGCUCAGGCACUGCCCGGGGGGUGACAUUGGGAGGGUGCAGAACAUGCAGGACUGAAGAUCUCCUCAUCCUUCAUCUGAUCUUCCCCCUUAUCACCUGGAACUGAGAUUCUGACAUGCAGAAGAUCACUCUUCUUGUCCUCCUGGAGUGGAUGGUCCUCCUAGUGCACACAGACUCAGAAGCAGCCAAGCCACACCGUUGUGAUGGUCACUCUUGCAACCCGCCGGUUGGGAACCUCGCCACUGGCCGGACGCCGGUCACCCUCACCACUUGCGGGACGGACGCCAGCGAACUGUACUGCUUUCACCCCGAGGACCACUUCUUCCUCAAGGCUCCGCCCUCCUGCGGGCCACCCCAGUGCACAAAGUGCAGCGUCAACCAGCCCGAGAACUCCCACCUGCCGGCUCACAUGACGGAUGACGUCUUCUCCAGUCCCGCCACGUGGUGGCAGUCCGCCCAGGGCGUCCUCCGGGAGGAGAUCAGGCUGGACUUCGAGACGGAGUUCUACCUGACCCACGUCAUUAUGGUCUUCAGGUCUCCGCGCCCGGCGGCCAUGGUGCUGGAGAGGUCCGGCGACCACGGCAAGACCUGGAGGGCUUAUAAAUACUUUGCGGCUAACUGUACAGCCACCUUCGGUUUGGCGGAUGACGUGCUUGAGGAAGGGGCGCGGUGUACCUCCAGGUACUCUGACCCCUGGCCCUGUACGAGAGGGGAGGUGAUAUUUCGUGCAAUAACUCCAGCAAACAGGAUUGAAGACCCCUACAGCCUCCAGGCCCAGGACCAGCUAAAAAUCACCAACCUCCGGCUCCUCCUCUUAAAGAGACAGGAAUGCCCCUGCCAGAGCGCGCCUGGGUCCCCGGAGAAGCCGCAGAGGUUCGCCCACUACGCCAUCUACGACCUAAUCGUCCGCGGGAGUUGCUUCUGCAACGGACAUGCCGAGGAGUGCGAGCAGGCCGGGAACACGGCUGGUGUGGACUCCGUGGUUCCCGGUAAAUGUAUCUGUCAGCACAAUACAGCCGGAGACCACUGUGAGAAAUGUGCCCCCCUGUACAAUGACCACCCAUGGAGGCCCGGAGACGGGAAAACAGGAGCGCCCAACGAGUGCAAGAGGUGCCGCUGUCACAAUCACGCCCUCAGCUGCCGCUUGGACCACAGCCUCUGGCUUGCUUCGGGGAAUACGAGCGGAGGGGUCUGCGAGAACUGCCAGCACCACACGGAGGGGUACCGCUGCCAGCGAUGCCAUGCCGGCUACUACAGAGAUUACACUGAGCCCAUCAGCUCCCCCCUGGCUUGUAAAGGAUCUUCCUGUAACAUCAUCGGUUCAAUCAACGAAACAUUAAACCGGAGCUGGAAGUGUCACCCCCGAACGGGAUUCUGUUACUGCAAGCCCGGUGUGGCCGGCCCAUACUGUGACCACUGCUUGGUGGGAUACUGGGGGUUCGGGGAAAAUGGCUGCCGGCCAUGUGACUGCGCCAGAGAUUGCGACCCCAAUACUGGCGAAUGCCAGAACAGCAGCGACAAUGAACAUUAUCUGAACAUUCCUAUUGGUGGGAGGAUCCCUGACAUCAUAGACACUCCAGCCAAUGAGAGCGAGGACGAGUGGAAGUGGAACAGCGAAAAGGGGUUUUCAGCAUUAAGACAUCCAGAGAAGUGUGUGUGUAAGGAGCGGAUGUUGGGCAGCAUCACCGAUUUCUGUCAGAUGAAAUACGCCUACGUGAUAAAAGCUCGGAUCUUGUCCGCUCACGACAAAGGCACCCACGCCGAGGUGGUGGUGAAAGUCAGGAAGGUUUUGAAAUCCGGCAAAGUCAAGAUCGGACGCAACAACCGUAGCAUCUACCCGGAGUCAUGGACCAACCGCGGCUGCACCUGCCCCAUCCUCAACCCAGGCACGGACUACCUGAUUGCCGGACCAGAAGACAGCCGGACCAACAAACUGAUCGUCAACAUGAACAGCCUGGUCAAGCCUUGGAAGGCAGUUUGGGCAAAGCAAGCCGUUGAUUUUAUCCGGUCAGGAUGCAAAUAGCAAUUAACCCUUCCGAAGGGAAGGCGGGAACUAUCUUCUCUUCUUGGCACUUUUCUCUAGAAUGAUGUCUUGUACAAGCCCAACUCCUCCGGCAGUAGCGUAGCCUUCGCUGCAAGAAGGAACCAACUGCGCAGCCUUCACCGGCAAGCUUUGUGUGGCUCGGAUAGACGAGCUUCUCCAUAGACGCCUAUCUCACGCGGCUUAACAUAUCAAGUCCGCGUAGCACCAGAUGAUGCGCCCAACUGACUGCUUGUUAAGUUCCUGUAGCCGAUGAUGUCAGGCGCUUUCCGGAAAGUGCUGGAGGAUGUUUUCUUUAUGUUAUCCUGGCAUGUUUUGUACCUGGAAUCUUCCAAAAAGAACAUUUCACAUGAAGGAGUUUACAGGUCCACCAAUCAAGUCCGAGGACGUUCCUAUAACCACAAUGGAAUGGAAAGGCCGGGGUUCACUUUACAUGGCGACACAUCGAAUUUAUGUUUUAUCUUGCCUUUGGCUUCUUGCAUUCAAACGCACCGCCAAAGUUAAUGUCCAGCUUUCCCUGAACUGUUCUGUAAAUAAAGGUU